AUGACUGAAACAAUGGGAUUUGAUCUGCAAGAUAAGUCUGCACACAUAAGUUCAUUAAACAAAACUCCAGCCUCCAUUGUACAAGAGUAUGCAGCCAAAAAUCGCCUUGUUCCUCAGUAUGAUCUCAUACAUAAUGGUGUUUCACAUAGUAAGGUUAGCUUUAAGUAUAGUCUGACUCUCGAUGAUUAUGUAGCUGUUGGCGAUGGAUCUUCCAAAAAAGAAGCCAAGCAUGUGGCAGCGUUAAAUCUCCUUAAAAUUAUGAUUAAUGAUAAACCGGAGUUGUUGAAUACUGAUUUUAAACAGUGGGAUUUUGAUAAUCAUGUUGUCUCUCCAUUUGAUAACAAUAUAAAAGUAAACGCUGUUGGACAAUUGAAUGACAUUUGUACAAACAAUAAACUGGGAUUGCCCGAAUUUAAUUUAGUUAGAGAAGAAGGACAAGCCCAUGCUAAACUAUUUACUAUCAGUUGUCAUGUAGCUAAAAUGAUCGAAACAGCAACACACAAAACCAAAAAACAGGCCAAGCAUCUGGCUGCUGUUCAAAUGGUGAAUAAAUUAAUGUCUAUUGACAAGUCACUGGUAAUGGAAGGGGAUCCAAUAGUAUCCGAUUCAAUGAAAGUCUUGGAACAAGUUGAAAUCAUUAAAUCAGAGCAAGUAAAAAAAUAUUUGCCCAUGGAUGUAGAUUUUGAUAAUUAUCAUUUGCUUUUUAAAGAAACAACUGAAUGGACAAACUCAGUUACGCUUCAGAAGGUAAUUGAUGAGUAUAACAAAUAUGGUACAUUGGAAUUACCUGAUUAUUUCAAAGUGUUAUGCAAUGUUGUCACUGAAUGUGAUUUGUGCUUAACAUCAAAUACUUUAGACACAGAAGGUGCUGAAAAAGGAUCUAAUGUUUUUCAUAUUCUUACUAUAAAUAAUGUAUACCCUGCUGUUCAUGGUAUUGGUGAGGGUGUAGACACUGCAUUUGCUCAACAAAUGGCUGCAAAACAGUUACUAAUUUCUAUCUGUAUAUUAAUACAAUAA